AUGCUCAAAAGCUCGCUACUGCUGCUUCUUCCAGCUUUCGAGUCGACACUCGAUUCUACCUCCAUCAGCUUCUGCAACGUGACGCUCACCUACACCCACCCUGGACAAAAUGACAACAUCAAAGUCUGGCUUGGGCUUCCUUUAGCGUGGAAUGAGAGGUUCUACGGUGCGGGUGGUGGUGGAUGGAAUACUGGAUUUCCCUCCGAAAUGGUAUAUUCCUUAUCGAAAGGCUAUGCUACGGUCGCGACAGAUGGAGGACACGAUGCUUUCCGCCAGCCUGCUGAUGAGUGGGGGCUGCUAAGCCCUGGAAACGUCAACUUGUACGCGUUGCAAAAUUUUGCAUCUGUGACGCUCAACGACAUGACUGUUCUUGGUAAGCAGUUAACAGAAGCUUAUUAUGGAAAGCCUAUCUCAAAAUCCUACUGGGCUGGCUGCUCGACGGGAGGUCGACAGGGCCUGAUGAUGGCACAACGUUAUCCUAACGCUUACGACGGUAUCAUUGCACGAGCUCCAGCGUCACACUGGACGGAGUUGAUCUUUACCAUCUUCUGGCCUCAAUUAGUCAUGCAGAAGAUCGGAUACUUCCCUCCUCUGUGCGAGCUUGAUGCUAUAACUGCUGCGGCUACGAGCGCAUGCGACGAACUCGAUGGUAUCAAAGAUGGCAUCAUCGGUCUCCCAGGCUUAUGCACUUUCGAUCCUGAGACAGUUGUUGGCCAGCCGUAUGCUUGUGGUAACAUAACAGGGACCAUCUCGAAGGAGGCCGCGGAGAUUGUCAAUUCUACGUGGAAAGGAGCCACAGAUGCAGAAGGUACGCUGCAAUGGCCCGGUUUGACUCCUGGAUCACCCUUGUACGCAGUAGCAGGUACUACGUGUGAUGCCAAUGGGCACAACUGCACUGGAUCUCCAUUUCACGUCUCGACAGACUGGCACCGUCUUUUCAUCCACAAGGACCCCUCAUUUGACCCGUACAAUUAUACACAGACAGAAUGGGAUGCAGCAUUCCACGCCUCAGGACAGCAAUACACGUCGAUUAUUGGUACUAGCGAUGCCGACCUCUCCGAGUUCAAGAAUGCAGGAGGAAAGAUGAUCACGAAUCACGGCACGGCGGACGAAGCUAUCCCAUUCAAAGGCAUCGUCAAUUACUACGAGGAGGUACUUGCGCUAGAUGCAAAUACGACUGACUUUUAUCGCCUUUUCGCAGAGCCGGGUGUUGGACACUGUGGAGGAGGACUCGGUGCGGAGGCAAAUGACAUUCUAGAUGUACUAGUCUCGUGGGUAGAAGAUGGAGAGGCACCGGAGACAGUGGCUGCCGCUCGCACGGUCAACGGGUCGAUCUGGGAGCGUGAAUUGUGCAUGUACCCUCUGUCGUCCAUCUACAAAGGCGGUGAUCCGAAGGUAUCGUCAUCGUACCAGUGCGAAUGA